ACAAAGGAUUAGUUGGCGUCACGAUUCACGAUGGCGCUAUCUAAGGAGCGCGUCUUCGACUCUUACCAGUCCCACAGGUACCCGUCCUCCCUCACAUCCUGAUUUGCCUCCACCGUACCAAGUUGUCUCCGCGAUGAAACGAACCUGGACGGAACAGAGCAUCCGCGAAUGGAUUCAACGGCGUGACGAAUAUCGAGAGAGAUGGCGCUUCCCCUCAUUGGCUGCUUUGCGAGACUCUGACGACCCGCAGGAUCAGAGAGAUUACAAGUCGGCUCUGUCCCUGGAACGAUCGACGUUGCUUGUACGAAUGCAUCGUUACUAUACUCGAAAUCUGGCAUGGUCGCUCGAGAAGCAUCCCAUUGCCGCGUACCCGGCGCCAUUCUCGGGUGAUCUCUUCCUUCCAUUGAGUUAUAGACAAUUCCAUGGGGUGCGCAAGAUAAAGAUAAAGAAGGACGAUGACUUGAAUUACGUUUUGUAUGGUUUCUACGACGAAAGAGUGCCUGCAACGUAUCCUGGACCCAAUUAUGUGUCAUCGGAUGGCAUCAUCAGGCGACGCCACGAGUAUCUUGGACCCAAGCCGUUUGUUGCGGAGUAUCGCUUCAACGAAGACCGACGGGAGAUAUUCAUUGAGUGGUGGGAUGAUUAUUUGCAGGUCAAGUGGAUGAAUGACACGACAUGGUCCAUCGAGGUCUACUGGGAGGACUGCGUGCAAGGAUGGGUCUCCAAGUUGCGUGGCGACUACAGCCGCAACCUCGAUCUGUACGAGUACGCCGGAGUAGACCCAUCGUAAUAGCGAUUAACGCGCCACCAUACGGUGAUCAAUACGGUCAGACGUAACGUGAAGGAACAACAGGGUAGCCUCCCACGACAUAUAAGUGGC